AUGCGUGUUGGUGGACGAAUCAGGAGAGCCGACCUUCCUCCCAACUUCAAGCACCCUACAAUACUCCCUAGGAACCAUCAUAUCACUGAACUGAUAAUCCGACACUGCCACGAAGUAGCCGGUCAUCAGGGACGAAGUAUGACUACCAAUCAGAUCAGAGUUAGCGGCUAUUGGAUCAUUGGCUGCAGCUCUGCCGUCUCCCACUUCAUCUCUAAAUGCGUCAAGUGUAGGAAGCUAUACAAUCCGGUUGAAGAACAGAAGAUGGCAAACCUACCAGUGGACAGACUUGAACCUGCGCCACCCUUUACAUAUUGUGGAGUUGACCUGUUCGGGCCAUGGUAUAUAAGGGAAGGCCGGAAAGAACUCAAGAGAUAUGGUGUCCUCUUCACCUGCAUGGUGUCCCGAGCUAUCCACAUUGAGACUACGACUGCGCUCAGUACUGAUGCCUUUAUCAGAGCAUUGCGUAGAUUCAUCGCCAUUCGAGGACCAAUAAGACAACUGAGAUGCGACCAAGGUACCAAUUUUGUUUGGACACGAUCAGAGUUUGAAGAAGCCCUAAAGGAAAUGGAUACUGGUCAAGUCAAGAAAUUUCUACUCAAGGAGAAUUGCAACUUCAGUGACUUCAAGAUUAAUGUGCUAGUCAAUCUGCUAGUCAUUCAGGCGGGGUGUGGGAAAGGCAAUUCCACCCAGUGCGAAGAGUGCUCCUGUCUCUGA